AUGGUGAGAGACCGCCACGCGAUACUUGGCACCUCAAUACCGUUUUUUUUAACCUGGCAUUCAAUCUUUGGCGACAGAUCACUCUGUACUAAUGUGUCACAUUUCAAAAGGUAUCAACAUCCUGCAUGUCCUUCCCCAUUGUUUUUGCCAUUGCUCUGCAAAAAGAGUGCUUAUUACCACCCCACAUUGAUACAUGCUUGCGAAUUAACCCAGGGUUGCAUCCUCGACUUGUUCGAUCCCAAUCUCUGCGUCUUAUUUUCAUGCGAACGACUAUUUCAGAAUAAGAACCCACAACUCGACUUUCGGGACUCAUAUUUCUCCUGGAAUAUUAUAUUCGCCAUUGUCACCACAUUAUCAUUGUCAUCGCUAGAAUCUUCACAUCAACUUCAAACUUGCUGGUCGAUUCGUAGCAGUUUGUUUUAUAGCCACCUCGUGCAAACUGCUUUUCUACAAGUUCAAGAUUCUUAG